AUAAGAACCAUAGACUUGGUCCGUUGGUCUUGAUACAUGUAAGAGUAUUUUAGAAGUUUCAAUGUUUUUUGUUGACUUCUGACUCACUUUAUAGUUUGUACUACCAGAUGUAUUGUAGAUUGUUUUUUUCUCUCCACUUACUCUUUGAAUGCAGUGGUUAUUAAUCACUGGUUAUUUUCCUAGGCCUAUUCCAGAUAGUAAAUCACUGUCUUAUGUCUAACUUUUCAAUCAUUUCCUAUUGGUUCCAAUGGCAGGAGAAAGCUUUUCUUAUAUUUUCUGAGUUGAGCAUUUCUGCUAGCUAGGCUGAUGCUAGGCCAUUUUAAUGGCUAUGCGCUUGCAGGUAAUUUCAGGGAAUUACCAGGUUCUCUGACAGUCACUUUACUAUAUUUUUUCUGGGUGCAAUCUAUAGGCAGAAGCAAUCAGUUAAACAAAUGGGGGCCCUAUUCUUACUAAUAAUUGCUGCCAUACUUCUAAGCUUUGGAGAAGGUUCUGGCAGGGAUUCUGGUGGCACUAACCUAGAUCAAGUUCUCUUUCAUGGAAUCAUUCCUGUUUUAGUUGCUUCUGUGCUCUCUGGUCUGGCUUCUUCUCUCUGUCAGUGGGCUUCUCAUGUUAGACUCCUUCACAUUCCUCCAUUUUCUCCAUUUUCUUCUAUCCUUUCUAUAUUGUUUCGUUUUGGUGCAGGUAAAGAAACACAGCUCAUGCUUAAUGACUGUGGAAAUGUCUAUAGUUGGAAGCCUGUCAGUGGGCUUCUUCUCUCUGUCAGUGGGCUUCUCAAGUGAAGAAACACAGCUCAUGCUUCAUAAAUGUGGAAAUGUCUAUAGUUGGAAGCCUGUGCUUAUUGGCAAGUAUGUCUAAGUCUCCAGAUGGAGAAGCCAUCAGACAGCAUGGGUUUUUUCAUGGUUGGACCGCAUUGACUGUGGUAAUUAUCUCCUCUAUCUGAUUUUCUCCUUGAAUUUGAUCCUUGCGCCAGGGAUAUUUACUGUAUAAGCCUUGAAUUUGUACAAGUGGGGCCUGUGGUUCAGUCUUUGAGACCAUUGCUAUGAUGGGACGCACAGUGGAUGGACCAUGCCCCAAAUAUAGCAAGAUUGGGAAGACCCACCAACCCAAAUUUGGCAUUUUCUGUUGAAUUUAGAUUGCCACUCUAGUUCUUUCUUAGCCAUCUAUCUGAGGACACUACAUGCUUAGACCAAUGAUCAUAUGAUUUCUCAAUAUUCCGAUGCA